AUGGCCCGACUAGGAUCGGCCCUUAUAGCUCAAUUACUUAAAGUUACAGACAAGUGUGAAGAGAAUAAUGACAGCAAAUCGGUCAUAUCACAAACAUCAUUUCCAGACAUACAGGAAGAAACAGGAGAAGAAUUCAUAACAAGUUUAUAUGAUUUGAAUGCAGAUAUUAAAACAGAAAUCCGAAUAGAAAGAGUAGAGAGUGGAGUGAAUGCUUAUAACGAAUGUUCCAAUGAGAUAGAAACAAACACUUAUGACCAGAAUAUCAUCACUCCAUGUGACCCUAUUCCACCACCUGCAUUAAAAUUAAAACCAAGACAAAAAAAGUAUGGUAUUUGCCCGUAUUGCGGUGAUAGAUAUGCUCAAACAAGUCUGUCCUUACACAUUCGUCGGCAUACCGGUGAAAAGCCCUACAAAUGCGAUAUGUGUGAUAAAGCGUUUGUUGAAUUGCAUGAUUUAAAACGACAUAAACGCAUGCAUACCGGCGAAAAACCACACGUUUGUGCAACUUGUGGCAAAGCUUUUUCACAACAAAAUAAACUAGCGCGACACAAUCUGGUCCAUACUGGGGAACGUCCAUAUAAAUGUGAAUAUUGCGACAAGUCGUUUACGCAAAGAAAUGAAUUAAAUCUUCAUAUUCGUCGUCACACCGGUUUCAAGCCAUAUACGUGUGAUAAAGUUGAAAACAUUGACGAUGAUUCUAUUUUGUCCGACGAAUCAUAUCCAGGGAUGAUUGAAGAUUCAGGCGAAAUAAGCAACUCGAGGGAGCUGGAAGACGUCGUCGUCGCAGCAGAAGAGUCAAAAGUACGAAAAAGAAUAAUACAAGGAGUCAAGGCAGAUAAAUCCAAAGAUAAAAAAUCACUCAAAUGUCCUGAAUGCGGCAGAAUGUUGUACAGUGAACAUAACCUUUUGAGGCACAUGCAAAGACACAAGGAGGGCCUAAUGGUGAAAAAGAAGUGCAAGCUAAGUAUUUGCCCUUACUGUGGUGAUUGCUUCCCUCAAACAAGCUUGGGCAUUCACAUUCGUCGUCAUACUGGUGAGAAACCCUACAAGUGUGAUAUGUGCGAAAAGGCGUUUGUUAGACUUCAAGAUCUAACGAUUCACAAACGUUCGCAUACUGGCGAGAAACCACACGUUUGUAUAACUUGUGGCAAAGCUUUCUCAAGACAAAACAAACUGGCCCGACACAUUCGGGUUCACACUGGGGAACGCCCAUAUAAAUGCAAUCAAUGCGAACGGGCAUUUGCUCAGAGAAAUGAUUUGAAUUUGCAUAUUCGCCGUCAUACCGGCGAGAAACCGUAUCAAUGUGGUGUGUGCGGUCAGAGUUUCUUCAAUGGAACGUUAUUGAGGAACCAUCGGAAAUCGGAAUCACAUUUUGAAGAAGAGCGACCAGAGCGACUGGAUCGUUUUAUAAAGAUUCGUGUAACAAAUCCUACUCGAUCCCAUCGAAAUCCUGUGAGCAAACGACUACUAGAACAGAGUAAAGAAGACCUAUCCCAAAACUAA